AUGAUUGUACCCGAGGGUAUUUUCAUCGGGGGUAAUAGACAAACUCAGGUUAGUUCCUUCUCUUCGCAGCACGAAAUUCUGGCCUUUGGAGCAGGAAAAACCAUUGCUUUAUGGAAACCUUUGGAUUCGAGUAGUCAUGGAGUUUAUAGAACUUUGAAAGGCCACAAUGCCGAAGUCACUUGCGUCAGGUUUGUUCACGGGACGGAUUUGCUGAUCUCUGCAUCAGAAGAUUUCCAAAUUAGAAUCUGGAGGAAGCACACCAGCACGCUGGAGAAUGGCAGGACUACUUUUGAGUGCAUACAAACAUUGACCCACCAUAAACAUACGAUUACUGCCAUUUCGGUACUAGAAACUAUGUUUGUCGUGGGCUGUGCGGAUGGAUCAGUUUCCAUAUGGGGCCUGGGCGCUAAAAAUGAAGCAAAACUGAUGCAUGUCUUCGAGCCCAAAAAGAAUACUUUUCCUCUGAGUUUGGCACUACAAGAAAUCGACGAAAACAAGGUACUAUUGGCUGUCGGAGGAACCAAUACCAAUGUUUUCAUAUAUUCUUUCUUAUGGGAACCCAAACUUUUAGAAUUAUCUGAAUUCCAGCAGGCCGCUGUCUUGGAGGGUCACGAAGACUGGAUCAAGGCUAUAGAUUUCCAUCAGGAAUCGGCAGGAAACUUGAUGCUUGCCACAGGGUCCCAAGAUCGAUACAUUAGACUGUGGAAGAUAAGAGCGAACGAGCUUAUUGACAAUUCUGACGAAGACAAGUCCAAACUCAAACUUCUGAGCAACAAACAAAGCAAGUUUACAAUUGGCUCCGAUUUCAAAGUAGCCAUCAGUUUUGAGGCCUUGAUUAUCGGUCACGAUGAUUGGAUUUCCAGCUUACAAUGGCAUGAAAAUCAGCUGCGUCUCAUGGCAUCAACUGCGGAUACCGCAGUUAUGGUAUGGGAGCCAGAUGAGGACUCUGGCGUAUGGGUUUGUACGUCAAGACUAGGUGAACUAUCAUCUAAGGGUGCUUCCACUGCCACUGGAUCUGCAGGUGGAUUUUGGUCAUCUAAUUGGCUCAUCAAAGGAGGAGAAGACUACAUUGUAACCAAUGGUAAGACCGGCUCUUGGAGGAUGUGGAAAUCGGAUGGUGCAGGCUUAUGGGAACAACACUUAGCCCCAACUGGACCAGUUAAAUCAGUUACAGACGUUGCAUGGGCUCCCAAUGGCCGUUACUUAUUGCUGACAUCCUUGGACCAAACUACAAGGCUGGUUGCUAAAUGCAUUGACCGCAAUUCAAAAAGUUCGGGUUCUUGGUUCGAGUUUUCAAGGCCUCAGAUCCAUGGCUACGAUAUGACGUGCGUGGAACCGAUUUCUAAUACCAGGUUCGUUAGUGGAGCUGACGAGAAGAUUAUAAGAUCUUUUGAAGAGCCAAAAGGCGUUGCUCAAAUUUUGAGCCGAUUUUCAGGUAUUCCUAUUGAAAACGAGAACAGCAUGCCCGAGUCUGCAUCACUCCCUGCACUUGGUCUGUCGAGUAAAGCUACCACAGAAGCCGAGUUGGAAGAAGAUGAUGAUCCUGACGUGAGGGAAUCUAACGAGACAAAGAAUAUUUCUUUUGAUCUAAUUGCAUCCUCUUCAGAGCCACCUAUUGAAGAUCAGCUACAGAGGCACACCCUGUGGCCGGAAAUCGAAAAACUAUACGGUCAUGGCUAUGAAAUCUCGUGCUUGGACGUAAGCCCUGAUGCCCGACUGGUGGCAUCGGCAUGUAAAUCUAACAAUACUCAGCACGCUGUGAUACGAAUUUUUGACGUCGGAGCAUGGCUACAAGUAAGACCUGCAGAGCCUUUCCACAAUUUGACCAUUACCAGACUACGAUUCUCUAAGGACAACACACACUUAUUGAGCGUAAGUCGCGAUAGACAAUGGGCUGUUUGGGAGAGAAAUCCAUCAACAAAUGAGUUUGAUUUGGUUCACAAGAACGAAAAAGCUCACACUAGAAUCAUUUGGGACUGCGAGUGGGCUCCUUUGGGCUUUGGUAAAGUUUUCUUCACAGCUUCAAGAGAUAAAAGUGUCAAGGCCUGGCGCUUCACUCCUGAGGCAGCAACGUAUACACAGGUGUCUCAGGUAAAGCUGUCCGAACCAGUAACAGCAUUGGCAGUUUACCCCGAGCUAAUCGAUGGAAAAGUCUUGUUGGCGAUUGGGCUGGAGAGUGGUUCUGUCCAACUACAACACUAUGGUGACGAUUUUAACAAAUUGUUCGAGCUAAAUGAUGAGAUUUCGGCAGCCGAUAGGAUCAACAGACUGAGGUGGUCGUCAUACCACGAAGAUGGUUCGUGCAUCUUGGCAGCCGCAAGUGCAGAUCAUUCGGCCCGUAUUUAUUCUGUUGAGAUCAACCACAUAGAGAGUGCAUCUGGCUGUUAA